AUGGUCAUCAACAACAUCAUCAACAACAUCAUCAACAACAUCAUCAACAACAUCAUCAACAACAUCAUCAACAACAUCAUCAACAACAUCAUCAACAACAUCAUCAACAACAUCAUCAACAACAUCAUCAACAACAUCAUCAACAACAUCAUCAACAACAUCAUCAACAACAUCAUCAACAACAUCAUCAACAACAUCAUCAACAACAUCAUCAACAACAUCAUCAACAACAUCAUCAACAACAUCAUCAACAACAUCAUCAACAACAUCAUCAACAACAACAUCAUCAACAUCAUCAACAACAUCACCAACAACAUCAUCAACAUCAUCAACAUCAUCAACAUCAUCAACAACAUCACCAACAACUAUCCUCAACACUAUCAUCAACAUCCUCAGUCUCAUUCUCAUAACCGCUAA